CACCGCGCACGCGCAUCCCGCCACCGGGUGGGGAGGGGGAGCCGAGCCGCGACCCCGCCCCUCCGCCGCCCCAUACGUGAGUGACGUCGCGGGGGGCGCCGGCCUCCGCCCGGCUCCGACGGGUUUAAUUCCUUUUCAUCGCGCUGUCGCAGCUUUGUGUGGGAUAAAUGACUCCCCUUGAGACGCAGGAGCAGGCUCUCCGUGGAGGCCCAGACCCCUCUGCUUCCCAUGGGCAGCUGCCAGGCAGGGCACAACCUGCAUCUCUGUCUGGCCCACCACCCACCUCUGGUCUGUGCUACUUUGAUCCUGCUGCUUCUUGGCUUCUCAGGCCUGGGCCUGGGUGGCUUCCUCCUUACCCACAGGACUGGCCUUCGCAACCCUGACAUUCCACAGGAUUGGGUCUCUUUCUUGAGAUCUUUUGGUCAGCUGACCCUGUGCCCUAUGAAUGGGACAGUCACAGGGAAGUGGUCAGGGUCUCAUGUUGUGGGCUUACUGACUACCUUGAACUUCGGAGAUGGUCCAGACAGGAACAAGACUCAGACAUUCCAAGCCAAGAUCUCCGGUAGUCAGAUGGGAUUGAAAGGGUCUUCUGCAGGAGAGCUGAUCCUCAUCACAGCCAGAGUGGUUCCAGAAAGGACUCCAGGAACCUGUCUGUAUUUCAGUGCUGGUCCAGGAAUCCUGCCCUCCAGUCAGCCCCCCAUACCCUGCUCAGAGGAGGGAGCAGGAAAUGCCACCCUGAACCCUAAGAUGGGUGAGGAGUGUGUCAGAGUCUGGAGCCACGAAGGCCUUGCACUUACCAAGCUGCUCACUUCGGAGGAGUUGGCUCUGUGUGGCUCUAGGCUGCUGGUGUUGGGCUCUUUCCUGCUUCUCUUCUGUGGCCUUCUUUGCUGUAUCACUGCUAAGUGCUUCCACCCACGCCGGGAGUCCCACUGGUCUAGAGCCCGGCUCUGAGGGCACUGGCCUAGUUCCUGCCGCCUUCUCAGGUGUGAAUCAACUUCUUGGACUUUGGUUCUGAGUUGGAAGGAAUGUACAAAAAGUGAAGAGCUGGAAAGUGGGGGG